AUGCAAGCGUCAGUCUUUGGUAUACUUAUGCAAAGCAUUAAGGGGUUUUGGGACGACAUGAAUGAAAUGAAGCACAAUACUGAACACUACAGCACUGCUACUCAACUCAAAGGGGAGACGGGGGGACGGGGAACGGGGGGAUCCGCAGGGAAAUUAGAGUUAAAGGGAGGGUGGGAUGCGAGUCAAUAUGGCUGUGAGAAAAAUGAUAGAUACCGGAAAGGGAGUUGGCUUCCCUCCAGUCAGUCCCCCAUAGACUGUGUGUGUGAGGGCUGGAGUGCAUCAGUCAGUGAUGCGCGUCAUUAUGAAUCGGUGCUAAGAGUGCAGUUGGAGCACAGGGAGGGCCGGGAGAAAACACAAAACAUGUGCGUAUUAUGUGUUGUGUUAUGGUUUGGGUCUGAAGACGGGCUCACAUCAAUGCAAUGCUGUUGUAGUCAACCUUUUUUGGCAAACUCUUGCAAUAAACCAUUAGUCCGUAUGCAGAGUAGGCAUUGUAUGCAAGGGCUGGCUGAAUCCCUUCCCACUCUUGCGCUCAUUUUUAAUCGCUAUAAACCAUCAGUCAUUUGCCGGGCGGACACGUUAUCCUAUUCUCCCGUCUAUUCAUACAAUCGCUGGACUAGAGCUGAACAGAAGAAAGAAAUCUUCAGUUCCCUUCGUAUUGUGCUUUUGAUCCCCUUUUGGUCCAAUGAAUCCCUAUUGGUAUACAUGAAUGAACACUCAGAAGCACUGCAAGUGAACUACAGUUUCAGAUUCAUCUGA